AUCAUACCUUUUACCUGCCCACAGGUGUUGUGUUUCAGGAAGAGCAAAUUUGUCGUGUGGAGGUGUUUUGAAUCGAAUCUGAAAAGUAGCCAGUCAGGAAUUCUCACUUUCUCACGGUAUCCGGUAUCUACGUGAUAGUUAGCAUCAGGCAAACUUUUAACUUGAAUUAGCAAUUUUAAAAAUGAGUAAGAUUUCAAAGAUGUUUAAAGGGAGCUCCUCGAGCUCAUCCAGCUCAAGGUCUAGUUCUAGUUCUGGGUCCAGCUCCAGAUCUAAACACAGGUCUCGAUCUAAUCCAUCACCUCAAGAGGCCAUCAACAGACUGAGAGAGACAGAAGCGAUGUUAACCAAAAAACAGGAAUACUUGGAGAGCAGAAUCGAGCAGGAGAUCGCGAUUGCCAAGAAGAAUGGUACCAAAAACAAAAGAGCUGCACUUCAGGCUCUUAAGAGAAAGAAACGUUUCGAGCAGCAGUUAACACAGAUCGAUGGGACUCUUUCCACCAUUGAGUUUCAGCGAGAGUCUCUGGAGAACGCCACUACGAAUACAGAGGUUCUGAAGAACAUGGGAUAUGCAGCCAAAGCCAUCAAAGGUGUUCACCAGAACAUAGAUUUGGAUAAUAUUGACUCCCUUAUGCAGGACAUUACAGAACAGCAGGAAGUUGCUCAGGAGAUCAGUGAUGCCAUCUCAAAACCAUUUGGUGAUGAGUUUGAUGAGGAUGAAUUGAUGGCAGAGCUUGCAGAGUUGGAACAGGAGGAACUAGAAGAAGGUAUGAAAAAUAUGGCUAGACUACCAAGUGUACCAGCUACCAAACUGCCCACCGCAAGACCAAGCCACCGUGCAACAUCCAGGAAGAGAGUGGAGGACGAUCAUGACAUGAAGAAGUUGGCUGCCUGGGCUUCUUAAGUGUGUGUGUGUGUGUGUGUGUGUGUGUGUGUGUGUGUGUGUGUGUGUGUGCGUGUGCGUGCGUGCGCGCAUGUGUGUUUGUGUGUGUGGAUGUGUUUCUGCAUGUGUGUUUGCACUCUCAAAGCCCUACUGUACAAUUAGUGUCAUUACCUGCACUACCAGGAUUUUUUAUCAAUAUAUGAUGGCUUUUAGAAAUAUAUUGUUGAAUGGAAAUAAGUUUAACAUGAAUAAUUAAUUCAGAUGAUAUUUUUGUCAUGCAUAUGUUGAUCUUUAAGAUGAAGGAUUUUCUGGAAAUAUUGUGUAAAUAAUAAUAUUUAAUAAGUAAAAGUAAACUUUGUUUUUUUU